CUCAAAUGUAAACAAAUUGUAUACGGUAUUCUUCUAACGAUACGUUAAGUUGUCAGUUAUUUGUAGGCAUGUUUAUGAAACUUUAAUGCCUCCGAGCAAACUAUUUAACUACCAUGAUGAUCUGGUCAGUGGGUAAUAGAUUUAAAUAAUGAGAAUUCAUGUGUUAUAGUAUUAGCGAUGGUAAACGACCUCAAUGUGUUAUAAUUAUUGUUGAUUGUUAUAUUUAAAUUCACCUGUAAAACCAGUUAAAUUUUUAGAGAGAAAAAUGUCUCAAUAGACAUGUAGUUUCUAUUUGGUCGACGUACUGGACCGUGGUCAACAUAAUGUCAUCAGACUGGAGGUACAGUUAUAUUGAGUGCUUUGGGAACAUUGGGCUUAGUAUCAGGACUUAUCUAGUACCAUGUUACACGUUCGGGAAGAAUGCACAGCUGAUGGAUAAAAAUUGUUUACUAUAUGGUUUGUUGUGUGCGAUUCCACCACUGAAUGUACUGCUAGCUGUCAAUCUACGGAGACAAAUUCGAAUUAAAUAUAAAAUUUCCGGAUCUGUUCUAAAAGAUAUCCUUGCUUUACUUCUGUGUCCGUUUUGUACCUUGAUACAAGAAUCACAACAAUUAACAGACCACCAAAUAGAAACAAAAAUCCCAUCUGAUAUGGUCAUAGAGAGAGACGAUGUUGAAAACCAAACCACCACUAUAGAAACUCCCUCCUGAUAGUUAACGAAACUUAAAAUAAAGCUCAACAAAUGACACAGAGGCUGUGAUUUGUCAAUGUGGAUACCCACAACUGAUGAAAGAAAAUUUCGUUUUGCAGGAUACACAAUUCUACCUCAUCUCUGCAGUUUGAACAGUAGUGUUGUACAUUUGAAGUGUAUAUAAAGAGCAACAGUUACUAUGGAAACAAUAAACAUGUCCUUCUAAGGCAGGUGUAUACUAUACAUUUGUUCACAUAACAAGCUCUGUAUUACUUGUUUGUUCCUUGAAAGGCGUCUAUGAGUGUAGCUAAUAAAUAUAAUCAAAACUACUUUUUAGUAUUCAGUUCUAAAGCUCUUUUGUACUUUGAGUUCCUAGCCACCA